UUUCCCAAUAAUAAAUUGAGGUCAUAGUUGAUAAUUUGCACUUCUGAUAGUUAAUGGCUGUGAAAAUUCUAAACAGUUCACUCAUUUUGUGUUGUUAAAAAAAAUUGAGUUCAAAAAUGAUCAAAAUGGAAAAAUGAAUUUGAAGACAGACAGAGAGGGAACAGCAGAAUAGUGUAACUAGUGAUAUCCAACCAUGGUGACCUAUUUACAUGACAACUUGCCUGAAUCAGUAUCAGCAUCAUUAUCUACACCAGCACCAAACUCAAUUAUACUAAGAUGUCCAUUCCAAAAGUGUAAUACUCGAUUAUUAAAAUUAUCUAGUUCAUAUCCUCAAGUAUCAUUAAACUCAGAUUCAUCAACAUCCAAUAUAAAAAUGAUCAAUUUGAAACUGCUAGAUGAAGAUCCAAACGAUACAUCACAAACUUCAAGUUUCUAUCAAGUCAAUGAUGUAUGGGAUUUUGAUAAUAUAGGGGUUUCAAGACCAUCUCAAGAAUUACAACAAGAAUUAUUACAUGUUAACCAUAGUAAAGAUGAUCAAUUUAAAAUUGAACGUAUUUUGAUUUGCAGUGAAUGUGAUAAAGGUCCACUUGGAUUAGCUGGGUUCAAUGAAAAUGAUUCUAAUAAGGAUGUGAAGAAUCUAACCUACUUUUUAAGUUGUAAGAGUGUUCUACAUGAUGUUAAGGAGAUAUGAUAAAAAGGAUCAUUUUUUUUAGUUGUCAUUAAGAUAAAAAAAUAGGUAGACCUAUAUAUGACGAAACAAUAUAAAUCAAAUAAA